GAGCCCAGCCGGAGCCUGGCCUGGCCGGCCUCCUCCCGCACCCCUGUGCCCCUCGCCCGCUCCCCGGGCAGCGAUGCGGCUGCCACAGCCACAUCUGAUCCGCACAUGGAAAUGUGGUAAUUUGGACGCGUUCGUGAUUGCCGCAGAUUGAAGGAAUUAGACCAGACAAAGACUGUUUCUGGAGGCGGCGGCCGCGGCCCAGGGAGGGCAGGCGGCGAGGGGAAUAAGGGGGAGACUCCCGUGGGAAGGAAGGGGGCCCAGUGCUCACCCCUCAUCCCGCAGUGAUGGACAGAGAGCGGAUCUCAGCCUUGAAAAGGUCUUUCGAGGUGGAAGAGGUCGAGACGUCCAACUCCACCCCUCCCCGGCGGGCCCAGACCCCGCUGCUGAGGACCACGGUCGCCAGCUCCACUCAGAAAUUCCAGGACCUGGGCGCGAAGGGCCCAGAGCCCGCGGCCCGCCACUUAGACUCGCUUCCACAGCGCUCCCCAAAAACCACCCUGCGCCGGGUGGAGCUGUCCGGGCUCAAGGCCGAGCCCGCCCCGCGCCGCACCGAGCUCUCCAUCGACAUCUCCUCCAAGCUGGUGGACGGUGCGGGCUCCACCGCCCGCUUUGGCCUCAAACGGGCUGAGGUGCUGGGCCACCGGACGCCGCCAGAGCCAGGCCCUCGGCGGGCCGAGCUCACCUAUCUGAAGCCCCAGGAGGCGGCGGCACCCCGCAGGAUGGAGACCCCCACAGCUGCUGCCGCUGCUGCAGAUGCAACCCCCAAGAGGGCUGAGGUCCAGGUGCCUAAGCAGGCCGAGGCACCCCCGUCCCCCAUCCCGUCCCAGACCUUGGAGAAUUGCGAACCCACCGCCCUGGCCCAGGGCCACAGCCGGCUGGAGCCCAGAGCACAGCCGGCCGCCAUGGAGACGCCAGCUAAGAGCCAGGAAGCCACUGAGGCGGCCCCCAGCGGCGUGGGAGACAUGGCGGACGUGACCCGAGAUGCUGGGCCCAAGCCAGCGCCCACCCCACGCUCCGAGAAGGUGCCCGCGGACUUCGGCUACGUGGGCAUUGACUCCAUCCUGGAGCAGAUGCGCCGGAAGGCCAUGAAGCAGGGCUUCGAGUUCAACAUCAUGGUGGUGGGACAGAGCGGCCUGGGCAAAUCCACCCUCAUCAACACCCUCUUCAAGUCCAAGAUCAGCCGCAAGUCGGUGCAGCCCCCGGCGCCCUCAGAAGAGCGGAUCCCCAAGACCAUCGAGAUCAAGUCCAUCACCCACGACAUCGAGGAGAAGGGUGUCCGCAUGAAGCUCACGGUCAUCGACACGCCCGGCUUUGGGGACCACAUCAACAACGAGAACUGCUGGCAGCCCAUCAUGAAGUUCAUCAACGAACAGUACGAGAAGUACCUGCAGGAGGAGGUGAACAUCAACCGCAAGAAACGCAUCCCCGACACACGCGUGCACUGCUGCCUCUACUUCAUCCCGGCCACUGGCCACUCCCUCCGACCCUUGGACAUUGAGUUCAUGAAGCGACUGAGCAAAGUGGUCAACAUUGUUCCGGUCAUUGCCAAGGCUGACACGCUGACCCUGGAGGAACGGCUGUACUUCAAGCAGCGGAUCACCGCAGACCUGCUAUCCAAUGGCAUAGACGUGUACCCCCAGAAGGAGUUUGACGAAGACUCAGAGGACCGGCUGGUGAAUGACAAAUUCCGGGAGAUGAUCCCCUUCGCCGUGGUAGGCAGUGACCAUGAGUACCAGGUGAAUGGGAAGCGGAUCCUCGGCAGGAAGACCAAAUGGGGCACCAUCGAAGUCGAGAACACCACGCACUGCGAGUUCGCCUACCUGCGGGACCUGCUCAUCAGGACACAUAUGCAAAGCAUCAAGGACAUCACCAGCUCCAUCCACUUCGAGGCCUACCGGGUCAAGCGCCUGCACGAAGGCCGGGCCGGGCUGGCCAACGGCGUGGAGGAGCCGGGCCUGGAGGCCCAGGAGAUGUAGCUGCCUGCCUGCCCACCCUCCCAGCCCAGGAUCCUGCUCCCUCCUCUGUCACCCCCAAACCUGCCCACUU